AUGUCGGCGGAAACCAUCACGCCCGCCGUUCUACAAUUCGUCGACUCAGGCACAUAUCCGUCAGAAGAAAGCGUCUUCUCUGCAACACUACAGCCCGCGGAUCUCCAACACCUUCUCCAGCAGUUGCGCGCAGAGCAAGCACAAGCUAAAGAGACCCUUCGAGGUCUUAGUCGUACCGCAGCACCCGAUGUCGACGACUGGGUAGCGCGCGCGAGGACGCUACAAGCGGACAUUCAGCGCUCUCGAGACACCGCCAGAGACAUCGUGAAGGCUGCGGAGACUGGCCGCGAACUUGCAGACAAAGUCAAAGAUGCGCGCGCCAAGGUGGGGCUGUUAGAAAAGGAGGUCGGGUUCAACGAGAGCCUCGAGCAGACGCUGCUGAGAGUCCGGGAGACCAAUGCGGAUUUGAGCGAGGUGAAGAAUGCGGUGGUGGAGGGCGAUCUUCAGCGUGCUGUGGGCAAAUUUCAGACUGCGGAGGUGGCAUUCUCAAAGCUUGAUUUGCAUGGCACGGGAGUUGCGGCACUGUUGGAGAGGAGGAUGGAAACUUUGAGAGAUGAGGUGAAGGAUAUGAUCUUGCAGAGGUGGAACCAUCACUUCUUUGUUGAUGCCGAGAACAGAAGCUUUGCUGUCCAAAAUGCUGGGAGGCACGAUAUUCUUGUGCAAGCAGCCAAGGCAUUGGAUCUUUUCGAGCCUCGCAUCGCCAGACUUGCCAAAGAUCUGGAAAGAACAUUGCUUCGACCCAGGAUGGUGGUGAGCCGUGAGGAAACCGUGUUUCGAAUGACGGUCACUUCGAAUUCAGUGGCAUGCGAUUCGACCAGUGACGACACCACCAUCGCCGCAUUGCUAACGGACCUCACGUCACUCGUACAAUUCCUCGAUUCGAGUCUACCCAAAGAGGUGUCAACGUCACUCUCGCAACAUCUGAUACCCUUCCUCGUAACGCGAUUGGAAGAUGACUGGCUGAACCCAUCACUUCCCUCUGCGAUUGCAGAGAUGCCGGAUUUCCAGCAGGCGCUUGGUCGAGUAGCAUUGCUUGCGAAUCAAAUUAAUGACUUGGGCUGGAAAGGCGCACAGACAUUGCUAGACUGGGAGAAGAAUGUCCCUCGCUUGUGGCUUACAAAAAGGAGAGAGUUCCUGCUUGGAGAAGUUCGCAAUUUGGUCUUUACCGGUCUGAAAGAGACCAAAAUUGUAGAACGCGUCGAGACUCAGAUCAUCCAGGAGGAUAUAGAGGUGGAUGCAGGUGCAGCAGAGGGAGGCGACGAUUGGGAUGCUUGGGAUGAGUCUGCGGAUGCCACUGCAAACACACCGACUGGCAAUGCGCCAGCUGCAACAGGUGACGAAGAUGACGACUUCAGCGCCUGGGAUGCUCCACCCGACACGGAAGGAGAACAGACCAAGGAUGAUGAUGGUGAGGGCGAGACAUGGGGCUGGGAAGAUGGACAAGAAGGCACUGAAAAGUCGCCUGCAAGUCCCAAAAUUCUCAAGAAACAGCCAUCGAGGCUGAGCACAAAGCCGAAUCCAGCAAAGCCUAGUGAACGAGAGAUCACUUAUAAGGAGUCAUUCAUGGUCACAGCAGUGCCCGAAGGCAUCAUCUCAUCAAUCCAGCAAGUCGUCCAAGACGCCCAAACCUUGGCCCACGAGGAUCACAGCAGCUCUCCCAUCGCCCCCGCCGCAACCGGGCUCUACAGCCUCCCCACCCUAGCCCUCGCCAUCUACCGUGCAACCGCCACCACCGCCUACGCCAACCUCGACAGCGGCAGCAUGCUGAUCUAUAACGACGCCUCGCGUCUCGCCGACCAACUCGAGAAGUACCAGACCAGCCAACCGGCGACCUCCCGCCUGCGCCUGUCCAACGACAUCAAAACCCUCACGACCUUCGCGCGACGCGCCUACAGCAGCGCCAUGGACUCGCAACGCACGAUCCUGCGCGACCUGCUCGACGGCGCGCAGGGUUUCGGGAACUGCACCACACCACCCUACCAAGCCGCCUGCGAAGCCGCCGUGUCCGACGCCACGCACCACCUGCGCACGGUGCACAAACAAUGGGAGCCCAUCCUCUCCCGCCCGGCGCUGCUGCAAUCCGUCGGGGGUCUCCUCGCCACGCUGAUCGGCAAGAUCAUCGCGGACGUCGAAGACCUCCCGGACAUCUCCGAGGCGGACAGCAAGCAGCUCCAAGCGCUCAUCGAAUCGGUCAGCGAGAUCCGGGACCUGUUCUCCUUCGAGGACGCGGGCGGCGGGGAUGAUGACGACGGUGGUGUCGGCGGCGAAAUCCGGGACCAGACCGCCUCCUUCUGCCCGAACUGGAUCAAAUUCCAAUACCUGGGCGAGAUCAUGGUCAGCAGUCUCGCGGACAUCAAGUACUCCUGGCACGAGGGCGGGAUGAACCUGGACUUCGGCCCCGAGGAGGUGGUGGGGUUGAUCGAAGCGCUGUUUGCGGAAUCCCCGCUGAGGAGGGCGGCGAUCGGGGAGAUCCGGAGGAGUGCGGCGGGGAGGAUGUGA